AUGGAGGAAGCUGAUAACAUUCUUAUCAUAUCACUUUAGCACCUUGGAAUUCAAGCUUAAAAUCUAAAUGAUUUCUCAGCUGAGUAGUUUAUCGUCAUUAUGAUAAAAUGCUUCGAGCAGAUAUCAAGCAUGCUCAGUGAAAAGGAUAACUUUAUUGAUAUUAAAUUCCUUAAGUCCCAAAAUCUUAAGGAAGCAACCCAUAGAUUCAAAGUUUGCAACUAGUUUACAACAUACCUUAAGACCCUUGGAUACUAUCAUGACUUAAGUUUUAAUGCUUUUCUAUAUCCUAAUCCCAAAGAUACUAGAAAGCUCCUCGGAUUCUUGUUUGAAUUCAUUUUCAAGGCAGAAGAUGACUAAGAUAAUAAAAAUAAUCAGCCUACAAAUGAAUUCGAGGUGUUACUUAAGAGGAGACUAGGUAAGUGGUAAAACAAGCCAUGGAUCCUUCCAGACUUCCUCAAAAUUAAGAGACCUCUUUUUAUCGGUGGUGGAGAUAGAAUAAAUGUAAAAGCUAGCAUUGAUUACCAGAGAAUAGCCUAGUGCAAGAGCAAAAAAGCUAAAGGUGUUUAUGAACUUAUGAUGACUUUUAAAAAUGGUGAAAUGGGAGAAAACUAUUAGUCUGGUCAAACUAUUCUCAGCAAUGAGCUUUCAUCAGUCAGUUUCAAGAGAGGCUAAGUUUAGCUUCUUUAAAAGAAAGGAAACAACCUUAUUAGAGGAGAAGAUGAAGAAGAUUAUGAUGAGAGAUAAAACAAAAAUCAGAAGAGAAUAGUGAGAAAUAGCAAAGCAAAAAUAAUUUAGGAGUUCCAAACUGCUAUUCAAACUCUUACUAAGCCUGGAGCAGCUAUAGCUGCUUAAGAAGAAAGGGAUGAAUAAGUAAAAACCCUUAAAGAGGUACUUGAGGAAAGAGAAGAGCAGCUAAAAGAUAUGGAAUAGCUCUAAGAUCUCAAGUCAGCUUAAUACAUUGAAAGGUUAAAUGAAGAUAUUGGUGAAUCAAAUAAUAUUGCCCCACAAACUACCACUGCAAAUUUUGAAACUUAGAGCUAUAAUCAACCCUAAUAUUACGAAAACUAAACUUAUCAAGAGGAGCCUUUCAAUAAUGAUUUGCAUGGAAACGGAAGAUAAAAGUUCAAUGAAGAUUACGAAGAAAGAUCAACUUUCUCACAAAUGAAUGAAUCUGUGGACUAAAAAGAUUUCUAAUUUAACUAAUCAUUCUAGACAUCAAAUACUAUGGAAUCUACCGAGUAUGGGUAAUCAUAGUAAAACACAGAAAGAGCAUUGCCUUAAAAAUAAUAUCAGUAAUCAGCUCAGUAAUAGCAUAUUAUUGCUGAACUUCAAUAAAAAUUUGAUGUUAAUAAGCUCAAAGAAGAGAAAGAGGCUGAAAUUUAAGUUAUGGUAGAGUAGAUUGACAACAUAAAGCAAGAUAUUGAGAACUAUAAGACUACCUAUGAGAGAAAUAAUAUCAGAAAGCAGGAGAUAUCUGAGGAGAAAAAAGAUCUCACUGAAAACUUAAAGAAAAUCUCAAAGCAAGCUAAAAAGAAGAAGGAAGUCUUAAAUGAAUUGUAAAAACUAGGUAAUCAAGACUUAAGAGUGCUUUAAACUGAGGUUUCCUAGAUUAAAAAGGAAUUAGAUGAUUUAAAAAGUGAAUGGGAAGAGUAUAAGAAGCCAAUUAAUGAGGAAAUAUUCGAAAAGAAGCAAGAGAUUAAUGAAAAGAGAAUAGAGUAUCAAUAUAAGAAUGAAAAGAUUAAGAAUAUCAAGAAGGAAAUCAAAGAAGCUAUUUAAGAGAUAGAGCACAAAAAGCAGUUGGCUUCAUUUAUGGAGUAGGAAUUUACAAAAAUACCCAAAGACUUAAACAGAAAUCAAUAUUUGAAGAGAAUUUAUGAGAUCAUAGCCAAUGUUAAAGCUUAAAAAGUAGAAAUUAAGACUAUUCUUGAUGAGAUUAAGGAUAUUCAAUCUGAAACUGAAAAAGUUAUGACUCAAAUUAAAAAAAUUGACACUGAAGUGGAAGAUUUUAUUUUUAAUGAGGCAAAGAAAGAUAAAACUGCCACAAAUAUCUACAAGGAAAUUAUGAGACUUAAGGAAAACUUUGAUAAACUUAUAACAAAUAUCUAAGAGCAAAACAAGCUUAAGAACGGUAUCAGAGAAGUCGAAACCAAACUUGAGGACUUCAGAAUCAAAUAUAAGAACAUGGAGGAAAUUAAUAAGCUAGAGGCUGAUCUAAAUUCUAUUAGAAAAGAAAAUAUGGAUCUUAAGAGAUAACUCGGAUAAAACUGA